GCAGGGACCCAGAGGCCCUUCUGGGACUUUGCGCCUCCAUCGUGACUCUGGCGCCCCUUUAGGUAAAGCGCGCUCCGCUUUCUCCCCAGAGCCUCUACUGCCGUAGGAGGGAAUCGAGACCACUUCCGGCCAUCCCUCUCGUCCGAUUAGGGUCUAGGCGUUCAUACGUCCCCUCUGCUCGCCAUCGUUGCCCUACUCGGCUCACGUCACUUCUGGGAGGGGGUGUCUUUCCCCGCUCAGCGCGUACUUCCGCCCGCUCCUUCAGUUAGUCCUCUAACACGAAUGAAGCCACUUCCGGCCUUCCCUGGCGCGUUCCGCAGUUCUCUUCCGGGUGGUGGCGGCGGGUGCCCCGGAUGUAGCCCAGGCGAAAACCUGUUUCCCGGUAUUCCCCCGCCUUUCCUGGGUCUUUAGCUUGAGAAAGGCCCCUCUGUCCAGUCAUGCCAAAGAGGAAAGUGACCUUCCAAGGCGUGGGAGAUGAGGAAGAUGAGGAUGAAAUCAGUGUCCCCAAGAAAAAGUUGGUGGACCCUGUGGCUGGAGCAGGAGGUCCUGGGAGCCGCUUCAAAGGCAAACACUCUUUGGACAGUGAUGAGGAGGAUGAUGAUGAAGGGUCCAGCAAAUAUGACAUCCUGGCCUCAGAAGAUGUAGAAGGUCAGGAAGCAGCCACACUCCCCAGUGAGGGAGGUGUGCGGAUCACACCCUUCAACCUGCAGGAAGAGAUGGAGGAAGGCCACUUUGAUGCCGAUGGCAACUAUUUUCUGAACCGGGAAGCUCAGAUCCGAGACAGCUGGCUGGACAACAUUGACUGGGUAAAGAUCAGGGAGCGGCCGCCUAAUCAGCGGCCGCUGUCAGACUCAGAGGAUGAGGACAGCUUGGGCCAGACACCAAUGAGUGCCCAAGCCCUCCUGGAGGGCCUUCUAGAGCUGAUGCUGCCAAGAGAGACAGUGGCUGGGGCACUGAGGCGCCUGGGAGCCCGAGGAGGAGGCAAAGGGGGCAGCAAGGGGCCUGGGCGGCCCAGUUCCCCCCAGCGCCUGGACCGGCUCUCUGGGUUGGCUGACCAGAUGGUGGCUCGGGGCAACCUCGGGGUGUAUCAGGAGACAAGGGAACGAUUGGCCAUGCGGCUGAAGGGGUUGGGGUGCCAGACCCAGGGACCCCGUGACCCCACAGCCCCACCCUCCCUGGACAUGUUUGCUGAGGAAGUGGCGGAGCGGGAGCUGGAGACCCCAACCCCUGCCCAGAGAGGAGAAGCAGAGUCGCCUGGAGAUGGUCUGGCCGAUGUGAUGUGGGAAUAUAAGUGGGAGAACACAGGGGAUGCUGAGCUGUAUGGACCCUUCUCUAGCAUCCAGAUGCAGCCUCCUGUGUUCACCUCCCUGAAGACAGCAUGUGCAGGCAGAAUAAUGGCCCCCAGAGAUGGCCACUCGCCACUAUAUGACUGUAUGGCAAAAGGGACCUUUAAAUGUGCUUAUGUUAAUGGCUGAGAUGGGGGGAUUAUUCUGGAUUAUUGAGGUGGGCCCAGUGUAACCACAAGGGUCCUAUUACAUGAAAGGGACUGAUGCGGGUCAAAGUGAGAGGGAGAUGACGAUGUUACACCCACGGCUGGGUUUGAAGAUGAAAGAAGGGGCCAUGUACUGAGGAAUGCAGCAGCCUGUAGAAGCUGGAAAAGGCAAGAAAACGGGUUCUUCCCAGAGUCUCCACAGAGAAAUGCAGCCCCACUGUGGGUUUUAGCCCAGUGAAAACCAUUUUGGACUUUUGACCUCUUCUAGAACUAAUAAAC